GCUGAAAUGCAAUAGGAACUAGCGGGGCUUGUGUCGCCCUUGCAAAGAGCUGUGACAAUUCACCAAAGAAAGUUCACUCUUCUCCGCGCGCGAAGACUACUCUACUAUGUUGUCUAUGAUAGCUACUUGAGACCAUUGUGCCUGGAAUGGUCAAUAACAUAGAGACUGGUCUGCCGAACGGCGACCCUAGCCAUGCCGCGUUUGCUGCUAGACAGUCUGCAAAAGCUGUUGGGAGAAGCGGAGAGGACGCGAACGGCUUGGAUGAGGAGCACCCUGGCGCGACGGAUGCGCAGUCGCAGAAGCGCCUGGCGCUAAAAAAGCAGGCUGUUGAAUCCUUGUCCGUGCCAACACGGAAGUACCUGCACGUCAACGUCCAGGGAAAGGGCAUUCCCGUAUGGAUGGAUUGGGACAAGCAGCCGGAGCUGAACAAGUGGAAUUACUACAAGGACCGACUGCACACACUGAUGACGGAUGCCAGCAGCAGCGUGUGGGCACUCGUAGUCUCCAACGUCAUGGUCAUCACCAUUCUGGUGUCCACCACCAGCUUUUGCCUGGAGACCAUUCCCAGCUUCUCGGAGGAUCGCAACCCCUCGGCAGCCCGCACCUUCACACUGAUCGAGACGGUGACCAUCCAGAUCUUUGCGCUCGACUACCUGCUGCGUUUCUUCUCGGCGCCGGUCAAACUCAAGUUCUUGAUAGAGCCGUUCAACAUCAUCGAUAUCAUAUCCAUUGUGCCUUGGUACAUCAUCACAUUUGUGGGCGCCGACUUCAACGGCACCACCGUCUUCCGAGUGGCGCGGCUCUUCCGAGUCUUCCGUGUCUUCAAGCUAGGCGGCAGAUAUGGCAAGCUGCUGGUGGUUCUGGGCGCGCUGCGCAAGAGCAUGGAUAUGUUAUUCCUCAUGGUGUUCUUCAUCUCGCUCUGCAUCGUCUUCUUCUCCACACUCGAGUACUACGCGGAGCGGGGCGACUGGGACGAGGAGCUGGGCUACUACGUGCGUCCCCUGGAGACACAGUUCUACGACACAGACCCGCCCACGCCCAAGCCCAGUCCCUUCUCCUCCAUCGUCCAGGGCUUCUGGUGGGCGAUUGUGACGCUGAUGACUGUGGGCUACGGCGACGUGAUUCCGGUGUCGGCGGCGGGCAAGUUCAUCGCCAGCGUCGCCAUGAUCUGUGGCGUGCUGUCGCUUGCGCUGCCCAUCUCUGUGGUGGGAACCACCUUCUCCAACGACUGGGAGGCGCACGUGGCGGAUGAGCGCCGUCGCAUGGCCGUCACCCACCGCAAAUCGUUGGUGGUGACCAGCCCGGCGCUGCUGCGGCUGCACAAGCUGCUGACGCGGCACCUCAAUCACGUGGACGUGCUUGGGGACCUGAACCGGGCGUCGGAGCUGGCGCUUGAUGAUGCGGCCAGCUCCAUUCACGGCCGCGUCAAGGCCACCAAGAAGCACCUUCACACAGAGGCUAAGGCGGACCUGCGGCUGCGCAAGGCCGCCAAGCAGCGCGUGGACCCCACACUGGAAUACGACAGGCAGUACGGCUACCUGCCUGCGGAACACGUGCAGUGCCGCUACAGAGAGCCGCUGCCGCAUAUGGCUGACGCGGCGGACCAGCUGUCGCGGCGCGCGUUCCACGUCAUGCGCAUGGAGUCUGUGAACGCGGCUCUGCUGGACCCUGUCCUGGCCGCCACAGUGGCGCGCCUGGCCAAAAAGCACGCUGACCUGCAGUUCCUGCUCAGCAAAUUCGAGGAGAAGGUCGACCCGCUAGCCAUACUGGAGGCCGAGCUGUCGUACCUACAGUCGGGAGUGCGGGAGGCGCACGAGCUGAACGCGGCGGUUGGGCUCAUGCCGCCGCCCACGCUCACAGCCGGCGCCAGCCGUAAGGUGUCAACGGAUGCCCUGCUGACGCCGCGCCGGUAACACCUGGGGCGGGCGAUAGGGCCGCCGCUGGCGCCAGCGAUGUGGAUUGCAGUCCACAGCCGUUGAAGACGCUGCCGCAAUGCCUAGCGCGUCUUGGCUGCUCUUGUGCGCGCUUGCGCGCGUAUAUGUUUUUAUACGCGCGCACCGGCUUAUGUCAAUAACCACAAAAGCCUAACCGAACUGGAGAAUAAAGCCAUGGCGUUAUUGUUAUACGUGCGAGCCGGAUUCUUUUCUAGGCCAUUCAUCCGACUUUGCUACCGUGGGGGUCUGUACGUUGUUAUGGCAUUACGAGCUCGAGUUUAACAGGGCGUGCGGCACGCGAGCACUGGGUUAAGUGCGCGUGCAGGGGUGGGGGCGUGGGGUAGGUUGUAUGACAUUUCCAUGCCUCAUCUUUGUUAUUAUAUGGUGUCAGGGUGCAGAGGUGGGCGUGCGUGCAUUAAGAUUGACUGAGGCGGCUUGGUGAGGAAGAGGGUCGCAGUGUGGGACCUGGGAAGAACUGCUGGGACCACACCUGUUUAUGCAUGCACGAUGCGCGUGCUGUAGCCCUUUUGUGCGCAUACUUUGGAGCAGGGCUACUAGUUGCGUGCAAUAUUACUUGUGUGAUCCUGCGAUUGCGAGGUAAACAAGGCGGCUUGUGCUGUGCGUCUGCAACGCCGUGGCAGCUGUGUGUGGCUCUGUGAAUGUGCGUUUCGGGCGGGGGGGUGGGGGCAAGGCUGAGGAGUUGCUGACGUUGCCGAUUCAAGAGCGGAAGCUGGCUGCAGCGGGUGCGCGCUGGGCUUGACAGUUCUGUGCAAACCG